CAACAAAUGGUUGACAGUCUUGAUGGAGGCUUUGGCGAUGAUUUCGGUGCCAUGUUUGAGGGACUGAUAGGCGUUUCGUCUGGAAAGGAGAGGAAAGAACCCAACGUUUAUGCCGAAAGAGAUUACAUCGCACCUAGUCCAUCAGGCGAUGAACCGCCGCCAUCCGAUUCGAAAAGCAGCAAAAAGGACAAAAAGCUAUUUAACGACGCGCGUGUCAAGUCUUUAAAAGAAAGAUUCAAUUAUGCAUCCACUGACUGUGCUGCCACUGUAAGAAAAGCGAAUAAACAAGCAAAGGGCGCUCAGUCCAUUCUCUAUGAAUCAAAGGAUCAAUACCUACUCAACAAAUGCUCAGCAGCCAAGUUUGUCAUCAUCAACCUCUGUGAACAGAUUGUCGUGGAUACCAUUGUCAUGGCCAAUUUCGAGUUUUUCUCAAGCACAUUCAAAGACUUUAAAGUCUAUGCCUCCUCCAAAUACCCGACAGACGAAUGGCAUCUGUUGGGCCAAUGGCAGGCUAGAAACACACGAGAUCUACAAGUGUUCCGAGUGCCAGAAAGUGGGUUUGUGGAAUACAUCAAGAUCGAAUUCCUCACACAUUACGGCCAUGAAUAUUAUUGUCCUCUCAGUUUAGUCAGAGUGCACGGUAUGUCGAUGAUGGAGUACUAUACGUUCGUAGAAAGUAGAGACCAAGACCCAGUUUGGGAAGGAGAGCAUUUAUGGCCAGCUGAAGUACGCGAACAAAUCAUUCAGCCCCAAUUUGAUAUCACGAAUACAUCAGAAACGUUUCCUAUCAAAAGUGAGCAUGAUGAAGAGGAUGCCAAGAUCAUCAUACCUCCUUUGGCAUACGAGUAUGAAGAUGACACAACAAUGGCAGAGUCAGAAACGCAAUUGACAGAGGCCGAGAAUUUCUUCAGCUCUGUACAAAAGACGACGGACGACUUAUCACAAACGUACCGCACACAGAAAAAAGAAAACGUUGUGCCAGCAGAAGGUAUCCUUUCCUAUGCAUCGAAUGCAAUGGAACCAAGUAUCAGUCACUUGCCUUUACUUGACAAUAAUGAGAUGGAUAUAACAACCAAUAUAGCAGACGCUAUUGUGCCCAUGACCUCUACCAGCACUACUAUACCAGCGGUAUCUCAGCAACAGCCAGCAACAGCAACGGCGUCACCAUCAGCCAUAUCUCUUCCUACGAAGCCUAAUACGCAUUUUAAAGAAGGAAAUACACAAGAGUCUAUCUAUAAAACAAUCAUGAAAAGGUUAAAUCAAUUGGAAUUGAACAUGACUUUAUCUCAGCGAUAUCUGGAGGAUCAGAAUCAAAUAUUAAAUGAUGUUUUUUUGGAGAUGGAACGAAAACAUCAAGAACAAUUGAUUAUUCUUAUCGGUCAUCUAAACGAAACAGCAAGCUUUAAAAUUGAGAGUAUGGUAAGU